ACCUAUCUUCAUCAUGUUCACUAAGACCGCCGUCGCUCUCGCCCUUGUGGCCGUCGCCUUGGCUGCUCCUUCACAGCCUUCUUACGAUUAUUCUCCUCCGGCAACCUAUGACUCUCCUGCUAAGUACGACUUCAACUACGCUGUUAAGGACGACUACUCUGGAAAUGACUUCGGUCACCAGGAAGCACGUGACGGAUACAACACACAGGGUUCCUACUUCGUCCUCCUUCCCGACGGUCGUCUGCAAAGGGUCACCUACACUGUCAACGGCGACUCUGGCUACGUAGCUGAGGUCAGCUACGAGGGUGAGGCCCAGUACCCCGAGUACAAGCCUGCUCCUGCCUACAAGCCUGCUCCUGCCUACAAGCCCGCCCCUGCCUACAAGCCCGCCCCUGCCUACAAGCCUGCCCCUGUCUACGAAUCCGCACCUACUUACGUUUAAAUAUGUAUAUAUAUAUA